GGGCGAUGCUAUAAAAUUUCAAAAACUGUAAACUCAAUUAAAUCUCGGAGGACGGUUGAAGCUGGGAACACUGUCCCAACCGAAACCCGAAGAUAGGACCGAAUACGGGCUGCUGGUAGUGGUGACUUUGUCAGCUGACUACUACUACUACUACUGCCUAGCCUACUGAGUGUCGAUAGAGGAGCAUCACCUAUCACAGCAUCUCCGGGAGGCACAUUAAGUGAUGGUUGUUCUGUGUGUUUAGUUAGGUGUUUUAGUGUGGCAAACAAAAAAAACGGAAGCGUCGGUUUUGGUGUUCUAAGAAAACCUUUUGGCAAAUUUUAAAACAAUAUCUCGUUUUAAUUAGUUUCAUAAUACUUGUGUCGUCAAGAUGCCUGUUCCCUGUGAAACACGAACCGAAAUGCAGGCGCCAGAGUUCAAGGACUUUGCGAAGGAGAUGGUCGAUUACAUCUCCAACUAUCUCGAGAACAUCCGUGACAGACGUGUUCUACCGACCGUUCAGCCGGGCUAUCUGCGGCCGCUGAUCCCCGAUGAAGCACCCCAGCAGCCGGAAAAGUGGGAAGAUGUGAUGGCCGACGUCGAGCGGGUAAUUAUGCCGGGCGUCACGCACUGGCACAGUCCCAAGUUCCAUGCGUACUUCCCCACCGCCAACUCCUAUCCGGCGAUCGUGGCAGACAUGCUGAGCGGUGCCAUCGCUUGCAUUGGAUUUACCUGGAUUGCCAGUCCCGCUUGUACCGAGCUGGAGGUGGUAAUGCUCGAUUGGUUGGGCAAAAUGUUGGAACUUCCGCAGGAGUUCCUGGCCUGCUCCGGUGGUCAGGGUGGUGGUGUGAUUCAAGGCACAGCCAGUGAGGCUACACUCGUGGCACUGCUCGGUGCUAAGGCAAAGACGAUGAAGCGCGUCAAGGAGGAACAUCCCGACUGGGAUGAUCAUACCAUCGUGUCAAAGCUGGUUGGCUAUACGUCCAAUCAAUCGCACUCCUCGGUGGAGCGUGCCGGUUUGCUCGGUGGUGUGAAGCUGCGCGGGCUGAAAGCGGACGAAAACCUGAAGCUGCGCGGUGAAACGCUCGAGCAAGCCAUCAAGGAAGAUCUGGAAGCGGGACUGAUUCCGUUCUACGUGGUGGCCACACUCGGCACAACCAACACGUGCGCGUUCGACCGUCUCGAUGAGAUCGGUCCGGUCGCCAAUCAGUACAACGUCUGGGUGCACGUUGAUGCGGCGUACGCCGGUUCGGCCUUCAUCUGUCCGGAGUAUCGUUACCUCAUGAAGGGCAUCGAGAGGGCCGAUUCGUUCAACUUCAACCCGCACAAAUGGAUGCUGGUGAACUUUGACUGCAGUGCCAUGUGGCUGAAGGAGCCGUACUGGAUUGUGAACGCGUUCAACGUGGAUCCGCUCUACCUGAAGCACGACAUGCAGGGUUCCGCGCCGGACUACCGCCACUGGCAGAUUCCGCUCGGCCGUCGGUUCCGCGCGCUCAAGCUGUGGUUCGUGCUGCGACUGUACGGUGUGGACAACCUGCAGGCCCACAUCCGGCGGCACUGCGGGUUCGCGAAACAGUUCGAGGCGCUGUGCGUUGCGGACGAUCGUUUCGAGAUCUUCGGCGAGGUGCAGAUGGGUCUCGUGUGCUUCAAGCUGAAGGGCUCGAACGAGCUGAACGAGGCACUGCUGAAGCGCAUCAACGGACGCGGCAACAUUCAUCUGGUCCCGUCCAAGGUGAACGAUGUGUACUUCCUGCGUAUGGCGGUGUGUUCGCGCUUCACCGAACCGUCCGACAUCAACUACUCGUGGAAGGAGGUGUCGGCGGCCGCCGACGAGCUGCUGGCCGAGCAGAAGAAGUAAGCUCGGGCGCUCAUCCUCAUCCUCAAGAAUCGCACACCUAUUUUUCCUCGAUUCCUCGUUAAGUUUUUAACCUAAUGUGAACGUUUAAUUUAUUUAUCAAGCGAACGAAAAAUACAUCCACAUGCAUACAACCAAUCCGUACAGCAAGUAUUACAGGGACCAGGGGAAGUACGGGAAUGCUGGUGGGUCGGAAAACCUUCGCCGAUCACCAGCGGGACUCAUUCGCGUGGCAAUCAAAAUAUAUAUAAAAACAAACCAGGCAAUAAUGGUAACGAUAACAAUAAUAACGAUACAAUGAACAAGUUAGUGAUGUUGUUGUAUGCUUAUGAAUAUCGUGCUGCCGUAUUGAUGUUCGAUGUUAUAUUGUGUCCGUUGAGCAGAUAAUAAAGUAUAAGGCAUACCAGUAA